GCUGUAUAGCAGGCUAUCUGCACCCUCUAAUUUAGUAACUCAUUCAAUAUUUAAUAUUUCAACUCUGUUGCUUGUUCGUUCGCUCAGAGGACAACAGAGUACAGUCCCGUCGUUUCUCCGAUGUCGUCUCAAUGUCUGGCAACCCAGACGACCUGGUAUCCCCAGAAAUUCGGCCGGUAACCCCAGCCAACGAACAAGCUGCACCAAUGCAACGAUUUGCGCCUGAUAUGCAGGCUGCAGCUACUGUUCAACAGUACCUGAUGGAGCAGCAGACUCCCCUGUUCGCAGCAACUCCGUCUCGAGUCGUUCGUGCACCACUGCUACCAGUGGAACCUGAGUCUCAUGACCACAUCUGGUCUAUGGCUCCCAUCAUUGGACUUCCCAUUCCCGGGGAUUCGUCAUACGUCGGGUGUGUGCAACCUGACAACGCGACGCUGCGCCAAUCCAUUGACACGCUCAGCAAGUCACCACUCAAAAAGGAUGGGUCAAAUUGGUUUGACUUCAUCAGGCAGUUAAUUCUUGCCAUCAAGAACUCGGGCACGUCUCCGUUAGUGCUCCUGCCGGUCUCAACGGCUGUUUUUUUGAUUCAUGUGCAUCCACCUUCAUCUUCUACCUCACUGGCCGUCUUGUAUGUGCGCUGGGCAACAUUUGAUCCAUACUUCUUGAGAGGGAACUUCGCUGAGCGUGUCAAUUGACUGGCGCAGCGUCGCAUUGUCAGGUUGCAAGCACCCGACGUAUGACGGGAGAAUGGGAAGUCCAAGAAUGGGAGGCCAUAGACCAGAUGUGGUCAUGAGACUCAGGCCUGCAUAUCAGGCGUGGACUGCUGCAUUGGUGUAGCUUGUUCGUUGGCUGGGGCCACCGGCCGAUUUUCCGGGUCUACCAGGACCACCGGGUCGUCAGAUCAUCGUCUGGGGCUGCCGAACGAUGAGACAACAUCCGAGAAUCAAUGGGCCUUUUUAUCUGUUGUUUUCAACUCUGCUUGUUAGAACAAGCAACAGAGUUGAAAUACCAAAUGCAUUACUAGAUGAGAAAGUGCAGAUGGCCUGUUAGGCUGUUAGGCUGUUAGGCUGUUAUAUAUGUCUUUCGGCGUAUUCCCAGUGAGAAAAUGUCUCACGCCUUGCUCAACACUUGCCCCGAAAGAGGUGC